CUGCACAGCAACAAUAAUAUUUGGAGAGUUACAAGCGGCUGCGGUCUGCAGCACAAACCGAGAUGCAAGAACGAUGAACUGUCUCUCUAUUAUGCGCACACCUUCAGCUGACAGAGGUCAUCAGUGUGCAUGCUUCGAGAUUUAGAGCAUGGGCACAGACUUUAGAUCGACGAUAUAAUGGCAGAAUAGCAAAGCGGAUUGAACUUGUAAUUCAGUUUUUUUUUUUUAAUAAGGGUGCCACUGUGCAAUAAAUUGCAUGCAAACGUAAUUUAGCGGACUUAAAAGGGGUGAUUAGCAGCUAUGGCUUUACUUAGUACUUUCACUUUGAUAAUUUGCGUAAAAGUGGUUCUUUAUGUGACAUUUACACACGGCAUGGAAGCUGACUUCUGCAAACCUUUACGAGUGGACCCCCUUGCGCAUGGAAAGCAUUUACAGAAUGAAAAACACGUUACUUUCAGGAUCAAUGCUUUCAAGCAGGAAUUUUAUCUUCAUCUCCAGUCGGAUUCUAAUUUUCUCGGAGGGGGUCAUUUAAACCCAUUCGAACCCAACGCAUCAACACCCGCGGACCUCGGGAAAUGCUUCUACUCCGGUAACGUCAAUUCCCAGGCGGACUCGUUUGCUGCGCUAAGCUUGUGUAAAGGUCUCAACGGGGGGUUCUAUGAAAACGGCAUGGAAUAUUUCAUCAGCCUAGCAAGAGGUGAGGACGGAACAGCCCAGCUUGGGGACUCUUCAUCCAAGACGCACGUCAUCCACCGCCGGAGAAGCUCUGCGCCCUUGGUCGGAAACUUCACCAGCAGGUGUGGAGUGACACCUGACUCUAACUUCAACACAUCCCUGGAAAAAUACAUGUAUAUGAAAGAAAUAGAGAUUGGAGGCUCGUCGGAAACUGUGCUGGAAAGACUGAGUAGGUCCAAAAGAUUUACCUCCAUCCCCAGAUUUGUGGAGGUGCUGGUUGUGGCAGAUCCAUCCAUGGAUUCAUUUCACGGGGAUGAAUUGAAACAUUACCUGCUGACACUCAUGUCGGUGGCUGCCAAGCUUUACAAGCACCCCAGUAUCUUAAACUCCAUUAACAUAGUGGUUGUGGGCUUUGUGGUUCUGAAGGAAGAUGACAGGGGUCCAAAGGUUUCCAGUAAUGCAGCUCUAACUCUGCGCAAUUUUUGCUCUUGGCAGAAGAAGUUAAAUAAGCACAACGACAAGCAUCCUGAGUACUGGGACACUGCAAUUCUUUUCACCAAACAGGAUCUUUGUGGGGCCACAACCUGUGAUACGCUGGGGAUGGCUGAUGUUGGAACCAUGUGUGACCCCAAGAGGAGUUGCUCUGUCAUUGAAGAUGAUGGCCUACCUUCAGCAUUUACAACAGCCCAUGAACUUGGUCACGUCUUCAACAUGCCCCACGACAACGUGAAGGCAUGUGAGGAUGUCUUUGGAAAACUAAAAGAUAACCACAUGAUGUCCCCAACUCUAAUUCAGAUCGACAGGAAUCGUCCCUGGUCUGUGUGCAGUGCAGCGAUUAUUACUGAAUUUCUGGAUCGAGGUCAUGGAGACUGCCUGCUGGAUCAGCCCCAGAGGCAGCUGUCUCUCCCAGAUAACCUGCCCGGCUCCAGUUACAGUCUUCAUAGUCAGUGUGAACUGGCUUUUGGGGAUGGCUCCAAGCCAUGCCCCUACAUGCAGCCCUGCACCAAACUGUGGUGCACGGGGAAAGCCCGUGGACAGCUGGUCUGUCAAACCAGACACUUUCCCUGGGCAGAUGGCACCAGCUGUGGCACUGGUAGGGUGUGUUACCAAGGGGCCUGCACUGAGAAGAACACAACCAUCCACAUCAAGGUGGAUGGUAGAUGGGGAAAGUGGGGCUCUUUUGGAGAUUGUUCCAGAACAUGUGGGGGAGGUGUCCAACUGGCCAGGAGAGAGUGUAACAACCCAGUACCUGAGAACGGAGGCAAAUAUUGCUAUGGCCUUCGAAUUAAGUAUCGUUCCUGUAACCUCCACCCUUGUCUUGAUACAGAUAAGAGUUUCCGUGAAGAGCAGUGUGAAGCGUUCAAUGGCAUAAACCUGAACACCAACAGACUGGGCUCGUCUGUGGUCUGGGUUCCUAAGUAUUCUGGCAUUUCCCCCAAGGACAAAUGCAAGCUCAUCUGUCGUGCCAAUGGGACUGGUUAUUUCUAUGUCCUUGCUCCCAAGGUUGUUGAUGGCACACCCUGUUCGCCGGACUCCACUGCUGUAUGUGUUCAGGGAAGAUGCAUCAAAGCAGGCUGCGAUGGGAAGCUUGACUCCAAGAAAAAGUUUGACAAAUGUAGCGUGUGUGGCGGUGACAACCAGAGCUGUAAGAAGGUCUCCGGAAUGUUCACAAAACCCAUUCAUGGCUAUAACUUUGUGCUGACGCUGCCUGUUGGCGCAUCAAACAUCGACAUCCGCCAGCGGGGCUACCGAGGAAUUGUCAGUGAUGAAAACUACCUUGCAGUUAAGAACAGGCAUGGGAAGUACCUGCUGAAUGGCAACUAUGUGGUGUCAGCUGCGGAGCGCGACCUGAUAGUGAAGGGCAGCUUGUUGCGCUACAGUGGCACUUCGACAUCUGUGGAGAUUCUUCAGUCCACGAGGCCGCUGCAAGAGGCACUGACAGUGGAGGUGCUCUCAGUAGGGAAGAUGACCCCUCCCAGAGUGCGCUAUUCCUACUACCUUGCCAAACAGAGUAAAGAGGAGAAGGUCUUACGGAAAGAGGAGAAGAACCAUGCGUCACACAAUAGCGUCUUACUGAAUGGCAACAAAGUAGAAGCCCAGAAAAAGCUAAUGGGGAAGCAACCAAUAAAGCACUGGGUGACCGGAAGCUGGGAUGCAUGCACAGUAACUUGUGGUAGCGGCCUGCAGAAGAGGCUGGUGAUGUGUCAGAAUACAGAGGGGAAUCCGGCCUUUGGCUGUAACAGUGCUGUCAGACCUGUUGCUCUGAGAGCGUGUGGAGAUCCAUGUCCCAUUUGGGAUGUCGGGGCCUGGUCUCACUGUUCCAAAUCCUGCGGCAGGGGCUUUAAACGGCGACCAGUGCGCUGUAUGACUGAGAAUGGACUUCAACUGCCGAGAGACCACUGCUCCGGAAGAAGGAAGCCUCAGGAGCUGGACCUCUGUUAUCUGAGACUGUGUUAACGCUGACAAAUACCACAUCAUUAUAAUGUUUGUUACUCGAUUGUUUUUGUUGGUUGAAAAUACAAUCAAAUGCCACAUGACUGCAGCUGACAGGGACCAACAUAACAAAGUCACUGAUGACGGCGAGGGUCUUCCUCAGACCUUCUGUUUACAGGAGAAGAACAUGUUUUGCUCUCCUCACCUGCCGAACCAACUGAGGCAGGUUGGACUUCUACCUCUUCCGGGACAUGUGAAAUGCGCUUCUUCAUUCACAAGUAAUACCUGGCAUUCAUCAGAGGAUGUUUCAAGAGCAGAAAAGUUCAGGCUAACUCAUACGAUUUCAAGAGUCUGCUUGAACCCUGUGUUGUUAUGAAUAAUGUAAUGUGCGUUACCUGUGAAAUUACUUUUUUUCCAUUUUAGCAAAGAAAUCGGUGGAAAUGUGAAACGCAGUACUUUAUUGGAAAUAUUUAACUGAAAUGUUAUGUUCCUGUGUUUUUGUUUCAGUGCUGUUGGCCAGUGAACAAUUACCUUAGGCUAGAGUUACACUAUAGGUCUAAUUGUCCAAUUCUGAUUUAGCGUCUAUCAGAUUUUUUAAAUGACUAUUACAUGUAUCUUCAAAAUACGCACAUCAAAUACCACCAUUUACAUUUUACAAUCAUACAAUUUAGUUGGCCAGGACUGACUCUUCCCAUCAUUAAGUUAGAUCAAAGUGGAAGUUUCCUUCCUUCACAUACCCGCCGAUUCAAAUGAUCAGGGUCAUUAACAAGCUUCUACAGGGCUUGCUGAUGACCUGAUCACUUGAAUCAGGUGUGUUGAGGAGGGACACUUGUAAAACUGGCAGGACAGCAGCUCUCUAAGAUCGGACUUCGCUACCCCUGAGUUAGAUAAAUGCAGCUGCAUUAUUUUCCUUUUUAAAAGAUCCACAUACCAGUAAUGUAUAAUUUUUAGAUUGUCUUUAAUGCUGUCAGGCAUUUUGGUGUUGUUUUGCAUAGAGGCCCGCAUAUAGUGUGUAUUUGAGUGAUACCAACAUCACAUUGGCAGGAUACUGUUUGUAUGAUCUGUCGGUUGAUACUGCAGUCACACUGAUCACAAAUACAUUCAAACGUACUAGCAAAUACGCUGAGACGUGCUUGCAAAUACGUUCAAAUGUACUUGGAUUUAAAAUCCCCAAAUGUAGCAUUUUUCUCAUAAUGCCACUGGGUACCUGUGCGAGUAAAUAGUAAAAGUAUUUAAAUACCGUAACUUUCGGACUAAAAGUCGCUCCGGAAUAUAGGUUGCAUUAGCCAUAAAAUGCACAAAAAAAACAUAUACUAUAAGUCGCUCCGGAGCAUAAGUCGCAUUUUGGGGGGAAAUUUAUUCAACAAAAUCCAACACCAAGAACAGACAUGAACGAGCAACAACAGGCUAAACGAUAGGUAUGCUAACGUGACAUAAACACAAACGAAGAGCUGAGAACGGGCCUGACGCAUUCAGAGUUAUGAAAAAAACGAUUACAUAAAUAACACGUUUAUAAAACUAUCUGUGUCACUCCAAUUCAUUAAAUCCAUCGAUCGUCCUUUGUUAACAAUGGGUGCGCGCCGCUGACGGCGCUUGCACUUCAAAAUAUUCCACAGGCCCAUAUAAUGAUAUAUAAAUUAGAUAUCAAAUAACUAUUAUCUAAGCAAUAAUAUUAUCAAACCAUCUGUGCACUCUAAAUCAUUAAAUCCUUCGAUCAAAUUCCUCGUCCUUUGUCAACAAUGCCGCGCGUGCGCCCUGACGUCAGCCUCGUCGUUAUUCCACAGAUCUAGUAUAUAACUAUAUUGUAGCAUUAACAAAGUACAAGGAAAGACGUGGGUUUGGUAAACGGCUCUUUAUUUAACAAAACAAACUUUCAGGCGUGUGGCGGCGUGGACUUCCAGCCACGGAGGUGGAAGAGAGCUCCAUAGAAUAGGACCGGGCGUGCGUAAAAGCCAUGACCGAGCCCCAUCCACCGUCCCCGUACAGCCACCCGGCCGAGCGUCGGCCCCCGACUACUAUCCACAGAGGUGAAAGAGUGCUCCGUAGAGUAGGACCGGGCGUGCGUAAAAGCCAUGUCCGAGCCCCAUUCACCGUCCCUGGACAGCCACCCGGCCGAGCGCCGGCCCCCGACUUCGAUCCACGGAGGUGAAAGAGAGCUCCGUAGAGUAGGACCGAGCGUGCGUAAAAGCCAUAAUAGUUUUUCAAACCUUCUGUGUCAGUCUAAAUCCUUAAAUCCUUCAAACUCUUCGUCCUCCGUGUCACUUAGAAACAAAGCCCCUAAUGAUGCCGGUAGUACGUGGGGCCCUUCGUCAUCUUCGUCAUCCCGUGAUCAAUCUUUGUCCUUUUUGUAAACAACCGCCGCGCCACGCCGCGCUGCUGACGUCACUUGAAAUUCAAAUUACAGUAAUCCCUUGCUACAUCGCGGUUCGUUUAUUGCGGUUUCACUUUCUAUUUUUUUUUAAAUGUUUGAAAAAAAAACACAUACCGUAAUUUCCGGACUAUAAGUCGCCGUUUUUUUCAUAGUUUGGGUGGGGGGGCGACUUAUACUCAGGAGCGACUUAUA